CGCAACAUCCGGGUGGGACCGGAAACAUGGCUUUCAACUUUGGCGGCGCGUCUGGCAGCGGGAGUCUUUCUGGCACUGGGUUUGGAGCAACAACAGCACCAUCCACAGGAUUUGGAUCAAGUACCACUGGUGCAUUUGGCGGUUUUGGCUCCACAGCAACUCCUGCCAAUGCUGGAACCACCUUCAGCUUCUCCACACCAUCAAACACAGGCGGCGGCUUCUUCGGAAACGCUCAGAAUAAAGGCUUUGGCUUCUCGUCUGGUCUGGGUUCCAACACCACGGCAGGAACCGGUUUAGGCAGCAGUCUGGGAGGAACUGGAAUGAACUUUGGAGGGUUUGGUGGAAUCCAGCCGACACAGAACCAACAGGGUGGCCUGUUUAACCAGCAGGGCUCUCAGUCCAGUCAGCUGAUCAACACGGCGAACGCACUGUCGGCUCCAUCUGUGCUGGGCGACGAGCGCGACUCUAUUCUGGCCAAGUGGAAUCAGCUGCAGGCAUUCUGGGGGACGGGGAAAGGAUAUUUCAACAGCAGCACACCUCCAGUGGAGUUCAGUCUGGAGAACCCCUUCUGCCGCUUCAAGGCGGUGGGCUACAGCUGUGUGCCCGUAGUGAGGGAUGAGGACGGGUUAGUGGCUUUGGCUCUCAAUAAGAAGGAAGUUGACGUUCGUUCUCAACAGCAGCAGCUCGUCGAGUCUUUACAUAAAGUCCUUGGAGGAAAUCAAACGCUCACUGUAAAUGUGGAGGGCGUGCGAGCGUUACCAGAUGACCAGACGGAGGUGAUUGUAUAUCUGGUUGAACGGUCUCCUAACGGCACAUCCAAGCGUGUUCCCGCGUCCACUCUCUAUAAUUUCAUGGAGCAGAUGAACGUUAAAUCUCAACUCCAGCAGCUCAGCGUCUUCAUGACUGUCAGUAGAACCGCACUGACACAAACACAACUCAAACAACUGCUACACAACCCACCCGCAGGUGUGGACCCCAUCAUCUGGGAACAGGCCAAAGUGGACAAUCCCGACCCAGACAAGUUGAUUCCGGUGCCGAUGGUGGGAUUUAAAGAGUUACUGCGACGACUGAAGGUUCAAGACCAGAUGAACAAACAACACCAGACCAGAGUCGAUAUUAUCUCGAAUGACAUCAGCGUGCUGCAGAGGAAUCAGGACACGACAGCCGCUAAAAUCACACAGUACAAACGCAAACUCAUGGAGCAGUCGCACAGAGUCCUGCAGGUGUUGAUUAAACAGGAAGUUCAGAGGAAGAGUGGUUACGCUGUUCAGUUGGAUGAGGAACAUCUGCGAGUUCAGCUGGAAACCAUCCAAUCAGAGCUCAACGCUCCCACACAGUUCAAGGGUCGUCUGAAUGAAUUGAUGUCUCAGAUUCGGAUGCAGAAUCAUUUUGGAGCCGUUCGUUCAGAAGAGCGUUACCGUGUCGACGCUGAUCUGCUGCGAGAAAUCAAACAGCAUCUGAAGCAGCAGCAGGAGGGUUUGAGUCACCUGAUCGGCGUCAUUAAAGACGAUCUGGAUGAUAUCAAGAUGAUUGAAGAUGGAUUACAAGACAGUACACACACACACACACGCAGCAGCAAACACAGCUGACAACACACCAUCAACACUCCUGUAAUACACACACAGUGUCAGCGUUGUGUGUGUGUGUGUGUGUUGCUGCAGCGUCUCUCCACGAUCAUUAAACAUCAGAUGAUCUGUAAAUCCUGACAGUGCCGCAGAAACUUGGUGUUCUUUGUGCCAACAUGAGAAAUAAACGAGCCGUACGUUUAAUAAACAUCAUCAGGAUCAGAAUGAUGAUUUGUGUUGGAUUUCCUGUGUCUUGUGAACUGCUGGAAUAUUUGACUGUGGGUUGAGUAAUUAAAGUUUCAAUGCGUUUCAUGUAGUUUCAUUAAUGAAUGACCAUUUGCUGAUUGGUCAAUAGAACGUUCCAGUCAUGUGAUGAUGUGAAACAUCUGUAAAUCACUGCACAGGAAACAUUCAGAACAACAUUAACCGCAUGUUACAUGUGAGUAACUACAUCUACUGGAAGAAUGACACUUGAUGACUU